UUUGGUGUGUUGUUUUGACGACGAUUGUGACAAUGUGAAAUUCCUGAUCCAAAUUUUUAUUUUUAGAUUUAAAUUUUUAUUCUGUUAAUUAUUGUAUUUUUUUUUCUGUAUAAAUGAGAAGGCAUGUCUCAUCUUAUUAAAUACUUUGGACAACGAACCGAGUAUCAAUAGUUUCGUUUUACAGAAAUGUAAGGUGUGAUAUUUUAAGGGAUGUUAUCUUCAAAGAAAAAAGAUUUAAAGUACUUGAGUGAUGGUGUUGCAGGGAAAUAUGUGAAGAAAGAUACACCUCCUGAUUUGCCUGUUUUAAAUGUUUGGACAGCUGUAAAUCAGCAGCCUCCUAAAAAAGUAAUAUCUCUUACGAGAAGAUUAUCUGAUAAAAGUUCUAAAGAAUCUCCUAAAGAAAUACCUCGACCUCCACCCCAACCAACAUCAUUGGCUCAGAAAUGUGCCAAAGCCUCUCAGAGUCAUGUACAACCCAAAGUAACUACUCAGAGUUUGCCAUCCAGUCCACAUAUUGGGCCAUUGCAACGUCCAUCUCCUAUUCCUCAACCAAUUUCGACUGUAACUAUUGGUGCUCAAAGAGGAUUACAGAGCCCAGUUGUGAAUCCAUUGCCUGUUCCUCCAACCUUUACAUCAAAGGUCAAUUCAACUCCAAGAGUUGACAAUAGCAGAUUGGGUUCUAGUACUUCAGAAAAUUUCCUUCGCAUCAACUCUUUUGGGCAGUUACAAGAAACAGAAAGUCCAUCCCCUUCUUCAAAUUUAUCUCGUUUUCAGUCUCACAUUUAUGUGAAUCAUUAUGUAAGGAAUUCCAGUUCGGAAAAUGAUAACCGAAUUUGUGAAGUUGAUAAUGAUGGCAUCCCAAUUAAAACCAAAGAUGACAACAUUGGUAGUCGCAGGUGUGUAACUGUUCCUGCUGCUGUCUCUAUAAUUGAAGUUCCUGGUAACAUAAAAGUUGAAGCAGAGCAUCCUCCUGAAAUAGCAUAUCAGCAAGAUGACAGUAUUCAAAUUCAUUUAUAUCAUCAGCAAAUUCAACAACAGUAUGCUCCUGAAAUCCGCCAAGAGAAAGUGGAGCCAGUUCACUUCCAGUCUCAAAUUGGCCUCUCAAAUUCUGGUCAAAUUCAAGCUGCAACUAAUAUAUAUUCUCACACAUAUCAAAACAUACCAGAGAGUACUACACAGCUGCCUUAUUCUGCAGCAUUUGUCACUACAACUAGAGUCCAGCAAUCCUUAGCAAGUAGCAGCAAUAUACAACAUCCACCAAUGGCAGCUCUCCCUCCAGUACCUAAUUCUACAGUUUCAGAAAGAGAUCAGCAGCUAGUUCCUAUAGGCAACUCAUCGUCUGUUUCAGUCAUUCCACCCAUUGCUGCAGCUGCUUGCUAUUCAGCUGCAGAUGAGUUACCCCUUCCUCCAGGAUGGUCAGUGGAUUUUACAAUGCGUGGACGAAAAUAUUAUGUGGACCACAAUACUAAGACUACUCACUGGAGCCAUCCUCUGGAGAAGGAAGGCCUACCUACUGGUUGGGAACGUAUAGAAUCUCCUGACAAUGGUGUAUAUUAUGUUAACCAUAUCACGAAACUAGCUCAGUAUGAGCAUCCAUGUGCUCCUCAGUAUGGGCAGUCAAGUGCUGUGAUGUAUCAAGCUUCUUUACUUAGUCAAAAUCGGCAGCCACCUCCUCGUCAUACGAAUUUUCAUCAGCAUAAUGUUAUAGUUCCUGCUAAUCCUUAUCUCACUGAAGAAAUACCACAUUGGCUGUAUGUCUACUCCAAGGCCCCAGUCGAAUUAGACCACAAGCUAAAGUGGGAGCUCUUCAAGUUGCCUGAACUCGAUUGUUUUCAAGCAAUGUUGAAUCGACUGUACAGGCAGGAAUUAGAGAGCAUUGUUAUGGGUUAUGAAGCUUAUCGUCUUUCCCUACUUAAAGAGAUGGAGCGCUGCUUGCAAGAGAAGGAAGAGAGAAAUUCAUAGCAUUUUAUUCGCUCUUGUGAUGUUUAAACUUAAGUGAGACUGGCUUUUAUAAAUACAUUUCAGUUUUAUCAACUACUUCAGUGAUAUGUGGUUGUGAUAAAAAUUCUCUACAUGUCCUUGACUUAUUAAAUUGAGCUUAAAUUUUUGAGGUUGUGUAAAAGCAGCUACAUAAAUAUUUUUGACAUAGAUUUUCAAUUUUCACAACUCUCCUGUCUCCUAUGAGACUUAUCUUUAUGUAUGUAUAAGAAAGUGCCUUUCUGUUUGUAGAUUUUUUUUCUAUUUAAAAUAGUAUAGUAGAAUCUCUCUUAACUGAUCUGAAAAAGAUUAUGUUUUUAUAAUUUGGAUACCUGUUUCCUGCACUUCAUUGUUCAUGUUUCGUGAUAUAGAAACUGCAGCUGGCAAAUUCCUUUGGUCAUAUUUUUGAUUGGAAAUGAAAAAGGCAGCAAGUGAGAAUUGUAAAAUUACAGGACAUUGAUAAAUGUAUACUUAUGGCCAUUAUCCUUUAAUCAUGGCCUUGUUACAUUCGUAUUGUACUUAUGUUAUAAGCAACACUAAACAAAGCAAUUUUUUUUUGUUUGUGUUGGACACUUAUCUUAUUCGCAUAUAAAAACCUUGAUAUUACAUUUUGUUGCAGAGAGAGCAAAUAUAUAUAUAUAUAUAUAUAUAUAUAUAUAUAUAUAUAUAUAUAUAGUUACUGCAUUUUCUAUUUAGAGUCUUCAGUUAUUGCAAAUUAAAAGUUAAAAUCAUAAUGCAGUUUUAAAUUUCAAUAAAACACAAGCAACAAUAUAAAAUUAUACAUACUGUUCAUACGAAGGUUAUACUUCUUUGUAGAAUGACAUAAAACUUUAAUUUCCACUUGCAUAUAACAUUGCUACAAAAGUUAAAAAAGAAAUUCUGUAUAUUAAUAACUUAUGUUGACAUAGAUAGAUGAGUAUUGUUCAGUGACUGAAAUUUUAUGAAAUUCUACAAUUCUUUAUCACUUUCUUUUGUUUAACUUUCAUCAUCUGUAUUUUGUUUUGUCAUCUUCAUAUUUCUUUUUACCCACUACAUAUAUGAAUUUUUGUCACCAAUAAGAGAAAAUAUAAUAGAGAUAAAAUUGCUUACCGCCAUCAAAGUUUAUUUCAUUUUUCAUCCAACUACAACUUUUUUUUUUAAUCAUAGAAAUCUAAAUUCUGUUUUUAAAUUUAUUCUGUUGUAAGUGCCAUUAUUUUGAUAUUGGUUAUGAGAGAUUUUGCUGUACGUUGUGCUUUAAAAUUGAAUCUCAAUUAGUAUUUUUUCAGACCUGAUAAUAUAUAUUGAAUAUUUUGAGAAAAACUAUUUAUUCAACUAAAAUGAUUAGUAUUUAUUAUUUUUAAUUUUAUGGAAUAUCAUUUGAAUAAGUGAUAGACUGUUCAAAGAUAGAUUUUCUAUUAAAUUACUAGGAACAACAUAUUUUUCUAUAAGGAAAGAAUCAAAAACUAUAUUGAAAGUUAUUUUUUCUUGAAAUUUCUUCUUUCAAAGGAUCUAAAUUAAUAUAUUACAUGCUACGUCUACUUGUUUUACAUUGACAUAGCAUAAAUUGAAUUUAAUUUUGAAUGUUUUUACAUAUCAAAAUUCGAAUGAAAGCAUAUGGUAAUUUUUCACGUAAGUGCCUUGUGUGAAAGCAAAAGCAUAAAAUUGUUAUUAUUCUUUUUAUAGAGAAUUUGUUAAGUAAUGGAAUUAUUUUAAUACCCAUUGAGAAAUUGAAUAAUUUAAGAAAGCAUCAUUAGAUUAUUAAUUUGAAGUAAUUGGUAAAUUUGUCCUUUAUUUGCACCAUUUGGUUGACUUACCACCAGCAAAAUCGGGUGAAGGAAUUGUACAUUUCAUAUCCUGAUGUUCCUGUACUUGGUGUCUGUCAUGGAAAUCGAAAUAUUUCAUAGAAUGUCAAAACCAUGAAAAAGUAUUCGUUUAUUUUGUUGAUGAAACCUUUUGCUUUGUGCCAAAUCUGUGUUAUUGUUCAAUGAUUCUUUAUUUCAAAGAUUGUUAUUUGUUGGACGGAAACAGCCCUGUUCUUUGCCAUUAUUUCUAUUUAAAUAAAUAUUAUGAUUAGCAAAUGA